AUGGAGGACAAGGAGAAGGCAGUGGAGAUCUUGGGCAAAACGGAAGCUGCUCAUCCUCCAUCCCCCAUCCGCUGCUGCUGGCUCCGCCUCCGCUGCUUGGCAGCUACUAGCAUUAUCUGUGGCUGCUCUUGCCUGGGAGUCAUGGCUCUGGUGUUUGCCAUCAAGGCGGAAGAGCGGCAUAAAGCAGGCCGGUCCGAGGAGGCAGUGCGCUGGGGGGCCCGGGCCCGGAAACUCAUCCUGGCCAGCUUUGCUGUCUGGCUUGCUGUCCUCAUUCUGGGUCCCCUGCUGCUGUGGUUGCUCUCCUACGCCAUCGCUCAGGCUGAGUGACCCUGGAUGGCCUCUGAUGAGAGCCAGCCGAGACCUCCUGGAUCCUGCAAUGCGGCAUUGCUAAGGUCCUGUGACAGCAGUGGUUGGAAGGAUCCUGGUUGGAAGGAUGAGGACUCUCUCAAGGGGCUUUGGAAGAGCUCUUCUAGCCCUUUAUCAAAGGAGGGCAGCAGCUGAGACUGAUGAGAGGAGGGCAGCCUGCUCUGUUCUUUCAGGGCCCCCCACCCCCAUCUCCCCUACCCUAGCCCACCCUAGGGCCUCUACGCAGCGGGAGGGGUUGAAGACCAGGCCUGGUUUUAUUAGAAUUCAUUUUGUAAUAAAAGCCUUUUUUAGUGGUGAAA